CGUUUCUCUGUAAUCAACCUCGGUGCACACAACAAGAACAAUCAUGAUUCUGCACGCGACUUCUUCGUCGACGCCGCAAAUGGUGUGAGAACAUUGAAAGAGAGCGAUAGCGUGACUGCGCAGUCGGAAUAACAAUGGCGACCUUUCUUCAGCAGCGAAGGUAGUGUUCUCGUUGGUGUACAUACAUGGUGAAGCUGCUGGUCGCAGCACUGGCGAUUUAUUAAGUACCCAUCAUGUCAACCACGACCACAUCAACAAAGCCAGGCCACGUCAGGACGCGAUUUCUCGUCAUCUCGGAUACUCACUCUAUUGCCCCUGCUGACAAUAUCGGAAACAAUGAUGCGUCCUUCCGCCCACCACUGCCCAAGGCAGAUGUGCUCCUACAUUGCGGCGACCUGACCAUGAUCGGUCUUUUGGAAGAGUAUGAAAAGACUCUUGAUAUGCUGGAGAGUAUCAACGCGGAUCUGAAACUCGUGAUAGCUGGUAACCAUGACAUCACUCUGGAUGAAGAAUAUUAUGCCAGAAAGGGCGAGAACAUGCACAGGGGCAGACACGACAAAGACCUACCUGCGAAGGCGAGAGAUAUGUGGACGGGCGAGAGAGCUAAGAGAGCUGGUGUGACCUACCUAGAAGAAGGAACGCAUACUUUCCAGUUACCGAACGGUGCCAAUCUCAGGGUCUACGCAUCCCCUUACCAACCAGAGUUCUGCGACUUUGCCUUUCCAUACUCCCGCAAUGAAGACCGCUACAACCCCUCCCAUCAGUGUACACCGAACGCCAAACCCAUCGCCGAGAACCCUGUCCCAGACUUCCCCAGCAUCGAUGUUAUGAUGACCCACGGACCGCCUAUGGGCGUCAUGGACGCGACAACAACGGGAGAGCACGUCGGCUGCGAACACCUCCUACGAGCAGCUCGACGCUGUAAACCCAGACUCUACUGCUUUGGACAUAUACAUGAGGGCUGGGGUGCGCAGAAAGUACGUUGGAACAACAACGAUCAGCUGGAUGUUAAGAUUGAAGAGCAUAUCGAAUUCGCCGAUGCUGUACCUCUUGACUGGGAGGCAAUCAUGGAUGAGAGGGCUGCGAGUAUUGACGUUGGUCAAGGUAGCGACGACGCGGUUGAGUUUGGACGGGACACGCUGAUGGUCAACGCCAGUAUCAUGAGCGUAACAUACAAGCCAUUUAACGCGCCAUGGCUUGUGGACCUGGAUCUUGAGCAGGCGUAAUCAGCUUCUCCGUGCGAGAUGUGAGUGUAUGGAUCUAGGAUUUUUUACUCGUCAGAGACAACAAGUAGGCAUUGAUGAGAUGACC